AUGCCUCCAAAAGCAGCUAAAAAGGGCUCAGCAAAGAAGACUAACGCAGCUGGAGCCGCAGUUGUCAACAAGAACUGGGAGACUGGUCUCACUAAAGCACAGUUUGAAGAGGACUCUUGGCAGGCCUGUGUGUCUUUGGUGGUUGGGAAAAGUCAAGAAGAUGAGGAGCUGGUCCAGGCUCUGGUUUUGGCCGUGCAGCAACCUCAACGCAAACUUUUCAGCCUGUUGACCUGGGACAGCACCCUUAGAAAGAUCCAUGAAUUGGGGAAUCCCAAAGCAAAAAAACCUGAUGAUGUUCCCACGUUCUAUGAGGUUAUGGAGCCUGCUAAGGUGCUGCUGGAUGCAGGAGAGGAGAUUCCCUGUGACCUAAUGUCAAAAAUACUGAAGUUCCAGCUGCUUCAGAUCAAAGCCAAUGAUCAGCAGAGGAGGGAAGCCGAGCAGGAUGUGGAAAAGAAGGCAAAGGCCGGGACUGUCUCUGCCAGCAAGGACAAAGGAGCAGCCAAGGUUUCUGACAAAAAGGGAAAGAGUCCGCCCUCACCUGAGGGACCUUCCCAGGAGAAGAAGACCAAACUCAAACGCAGGGAUGAUGUUGAGCCGCCUAAAUUCAUAGAUGAUGAGCCUGAUGAUGGUCCUCAACACUACAUUCUGGUGCUGGGCUUCUACCAGCCCUACCUGAUUGUGGCCCUUAAUGCCAUAGGUGUACAUGUAGCUAAUGUCAUCGAAUUGUGUUCAGAGCACAAACAAACUAGUGAAGUGCAGCAGGAACAACACACCUCUGAGGGCAAUGAGCUGAGCCAGAGAACAUCUCCAGUUUUGGAUGCAGACUCAGCCAGUGUGGAGCAGGCUGUACGGGCCACAAAGUUGAAUCUGUUCUGGUCAGGUCUGAGACCAGUUUUGGACAGCAUGCCACUGGACUCCAACCUCCACAAUGUGGCUCAGCUCAGCUACACUGUCCCAGAUCUCUUACCUUCCUUCCACCCACAGGACCCUGGGGCUUUGCUGCAGUUGGGAAGCCGAAUCUUUGAGGGUGUUGCCAGUCUCAUCUAUGACUGUUUGGACUGGCGCAGGCAGCAUCAGCACUACCUAGACAACAUCAAACUCUUCAGUGUACCCACUGUUGUUGGGUUGGAUUCUCAGCCCAAAGAGGUUGCACCGACCCCUCUCCCCAUGACUCCACGCUCCAAGAAGAAGUCAGUGCGGGAGGAAAGUCCCCCAGACCACGAGACAGAGCUGCCUCCUCUUUCUACAGAUGUGGACAUGCGUUACUAUGACAACUUGCUGAACCUGGUUCCACCUGAAGCUUGCUCGGUGCCCCUUAUCUUGCACUGUAUGCUAGAGCAGGUGGUGAUUUCCACAGAACAGUCUGUCUCCACGCAGUCCCAUGUGGCUGAGAAGCCCAAACCUCAUGAUGGUCCCUGGUUAGACUGUCGGCUUGUCAGCUACAUGCUGCAGAGCUUCCUGCCUCUGGUGCACACAAAAGAAGAGAGAAGCCACAUGUUAAAUAACUUGCUGACUAUAGUACAGAAUGAGGAAGACAAGAAGAGGCUAGUAGAGAAGUUUGAAGCAGAGGAGACUCAGAAGAAGUCGCAGCACCCUUUGGUUAUCAGACACCACAAUGAGAGGGCACUGCGCUUGAGGGACAUCAGUGCUGUUCAGGGUUUUGAUCCAGCAGAGGUGGAGUUGUCCAUGAUGAAGCUGUCUCCAGUGUGGGAGCUAAUCCAUUCUGCAGCUCAUCUGAGAAAGAGCUACACCUGCUGGAUGGCAGUCAAACAGCAGCUGCAACACUACUGCACAGAUGGUCAGGAUGCUGUGUCAUGGCCUGAAGUGGAGCGUCUCUUUCAUCAGAGUGUGUUUGAGACUAUGCCACUGACCAGGCUGGACCAAAAGGGUGUACUACUGAAUGCUGCAGGACCACAGGGAUCACUGGUACAAGCACAGCAGCAGACAGCCACAAUAAUCCCCUGGGACGACCCACUAUCCUACGCUAAACAGCAGCUUCAUGACCUACGGGCAAAAGGUCCUACAUUUCUUACUGAGGACCCUGGUAACACAGAGCAGUUCAGUGGGAGAGUGUGUAACCACCUGGACCUAUCUGACAUUCAGAGUUGUAGGCUGAGAUCUCUGUUUGACUGGCAUUAUGCUGAACACCACGAUGCUUCCAUCUUCCCACAGGUCCUCCAUUUAGCCUCAGAAGAAUAUCGCUGCUUGGACACCUUCAGAGGAAGCCAUAGCUGCAUCCUCUAUAUUUUUUGCCACAAUCCCAGGAGUCCCCAACGCCAGAGCAAGGAGUUCUGGGAUGUAGCCCUUCACACUGAUGUCAAGUUCAGGAAGUAUCUGGAGCAUGUUGCCGAUAUGAUUGUAGAUUGGACAAGAGAGGAGGAAUUAAAGAGAGAGGCAAUGCAACUCAGAAAUCUCAGCUGUGCUAAGUCUCCAAAAGAUGAACAAACUACAGAUUCUGCAGUGGGGAAGGACACUUUGGAGCCGGUCAUCAGGAACGACUCCCUUAAGGCGUGGAAGUUGGAGCAGGAGCAGCUAAAGGAGGAAGAGAUGGCCAAGAAAUCAAAGAAGGAGAGUGCCCCAAAAGGCAAGCAGCCGAAGGAGGAGGCUAAGUCAACGGACAGUAAAGAAAGUAAAACUUUGUCUGGUGGCAAAAAGAGCAGAGCAGAGACAAGAGGCAACUCAGCCAAGACUCCCAGAGAGUCCAUUCCUAUCACAGGUUUCACCGGCUACACAAUGGAUGGGAAGUUGAUCCACGUGUCAGGUCGUCUCCAGUACCUUUUCCCCUCAGAUGGAGGACACAUCACUGUGGAGAAUGUCAGCUAUGUUGAAGGUUCCAGCCUAAUGAAACUGGCUGUGAAAAAGGAUGGACAUCAUUUCUACACACACAUCAACCAAUCUCUAUCCUUUCCAGUGUCAGAGCCUGUGGAGAUGAAAAGAGUGAAGCAGGGCUCCCUGUCAGCAGUGCUAAACAAUGGAAUUCACCUUUCAUACAGUUUCUAUGGUCCCACAGGAGAAUAUAUAGUGAGUCCUCAGAAAGCAGAAGAGGGUAUCACAGAGGCCUCCACCCUUGUCCCCAUUCCUCUCUCCUCCUCCACCCAGCGCUCUAAAGCAGACCUGGAUUCACUUCCCUCCAAGACACACACCCCAUCCAGCCAGAACAGACCUCAAGAGUUGCAGUCUAAGGUGUGUGAAGGCCAGCCAACAAUGACAGCAAGUCCAUUCAACAGUCUCAACCUGUCUGUUCCUAAUGGCCUGCUGCUGCAGUUUCUAAGAGAGGAUACUCAAGGAAUGUUCCCAGAGGAGCAGGGUAUGCUGGUGAGACAGAGCUUUCCUCUCCAUGGUAGGGGAGAGCUGAGGCAGCUUCAGGACCCUGCCCUCUCCAAAGAAAUGUCCCGCAAUGUCACCAGCCAGGGAACUGUGAUCCGUUACAUGAGAGACGGGUCCACAGAGGUGCUGUUUGCAGAUGGCUCAGUCAGUUUCAGCCAAGAUGGUGGUCCAGUGUGGGUGCCUGAUUCUGAGGUUGAGGAGGAAAAUAUUCCCCACGAAGCUGAGGACAACAAGAAAGAACAGAGCUCAGAGGAGGAGGUUGAUGCUCGGAGAGGGUGUUGGUUAACUACGACUCCCUCUGGAGAACGCAUCUGCACUGUGGGAACUACACACAAACACAUACCCACUGCCCCUCUUAAUGCCUUCAAGGCUACAGACCCCAUCACCCAUCAGGUGAUGCUGAGCAGGGAGGAUCUGGUGGUUUCUGUCCAGAACCCAGAUGGAUCUCUGAGUGUGGAGCAUGCAGAUGGAACCAGGAUUACCAGUCUCUACCAAGACAGACCACCAAACACAGGGGAGCAGCCUGAGAGUGUGACUCUUAAAGCCACUUCUGAAUGUGUAUGUGGCUGCAUUGAAUGUGUGUGUGUCACACGCUGCGCAGACAGCAUCAAUGACAAGAAGCAUACCCAAGAUACUCGUGACAUUGGAGAAGAGGGUUGCAGGGACGAUGCAGGGAAAGCAUCUGACAAGGAGUGUGAGUUGAGUGAGUGUGAGCAUGUGUUCGGUGAAAAGGAUCGUGCUGAGAAUACAUUUUAUAAGAAUGUUGAGGAGAGUGUGUUUUCAGAAGAGACUGUGGCUGAGAAUGGUAUGAUGAGCACAUGUGAAAGUGAUAAAGGGAGUGUGUCAACCAAAGAGCGGGUGGUGUUGGUGGAGAAGAAGGGCUGCGCCACAGUGGUGAUGUAUCCAGAACGACAUAUGGCUCACGUCUUUUUGGCUGAUGGAACUGUCAUCACUGGGAACAACCAAGGAGCCUAUGAGGUGUUCCCAUCGAAUGCGGGGCUCCUGCAGAUUCAAAGUGAUGGGAUGUGUGUGUACUCGUCUGAUCCACUUGUAACCCCAAGUCCAAAAGGUGGCACUCCCACAAACCAACCAGGAAGCUACACCUUGAGUCACACAGACAAAGUUGCUUGUGAUGUUAUAGACCCCGAUGGGAACCACUUUCAGGUGAUGGAGGACGGGCAGGUAUCAGUGAUGAACUUCAGUCCUGCUUCAAGCACAAUGAAACAUGAUGAGGAAGAGCCAGAGGAGGAGGAGGACAGAGAAGUGACCAGGCUUCAUGUAAAACACAGAGAACAUUGUCCCAGGCUGUUUCUGGUACAUGAGGAUGGCUCAGGUACUGAACUGCUGAGCUCUCAAACUGUAGAGGAGCUGCUCUACCAGGCGUACUCUGACCCUACCAUAGCGCUGCUGAAGGAACCCCUGCCAGACACACAAGAUGAAUUUGGCAUUACCAUCCUAAAGCCCAGUCACCAGAGUGUGUGGUCCCAGUGGAUGCUAGGGACACAGAACCCUGACAUUACCCCUCCCAACCUCAGAAACCGCAGCUGGCAUGACUUCCCCUCUGUAGAGAAGAAGAGCCCAGGUCCUCAAUUUGGUACCAACAUGGGACGAGGUUUGACUCUGAGAGAGAAGUCUGGUGGUUGUGAAGAACAGCACCAACCUGUCAGGACCUGCCCUAAAGUCCUCGAGAUGAGGGAACUGUACCAGCACCGACCAUUCACCAGGCUGCUCAAAAAUACUAUAGACACACGGCUGAAGGAAUACAUAGAGAGUUUGAUGGAGAGGGAGCAGCGAUCAGAGGAGAUGAAGGUUAAAGACCCUCGCACUGAGGAAGAGAGUGCCCAAGCCAGUGAUCUGCUCAAUUUGGUCCUGUCUUUUGCAGAGGAAGAGGAUGCAGAUCACAUCUUUGACAAGACCUCAGUGGACAUAGGCAGUCUGUACAGCCGAGGUGUUGGGGCCCAAGUUGAACAGUCAGAUGUUUCAGAAGAAACAGCAACUGUAGCUAGUGACAGUCAUUUUCUCUGCAUGCAUGUGUACUUCAGACUGGAGCUCUGUGAGGAGAAGGCUUGUAGCAUGGCUCUAACAAGGAAGAACAUUGUUCCUUAUUUCCACCCAGAAAAUAUUCCAAUAUACCAGAAUCUGCUCCAGCACCAAACACCAGACAUGAGGAGACUAUCCAUGGAUCUUCCUCCGAUCCCCAGGUCAGACAGUGCUGAGACCUUCCUCAAAGAUGCCCCACAAGAGAACGCCCCACGACCUUUAAACCCAACACCCUCUCAGUCAGCAAGUCAUGCAGCAGGAAGUGACAGGAUGCCUGAGAUGAGACCUACUAACCCCACACCUCAGACUGCCGGUGAAAUCAGUCUGAGGGGUUCAUCGGGGCCUUAUAAGUCAGUCCAGGUUGAUGUGACAGGGAAGCCUAGGAGGGCUAAAGUCAGACUACCAACCUCCAUCCUCAGUUCUAAACCCUGCAGUGUACCAAAUCAACAGUUCCUAUCAGUGGAAGAGCCAGUGAGGAGGAAGUGUCGUACAAUUUCUCUGACUUAUCCAAAUGUUGUAGUGAGGGGCUUCCAGCUCCUCCCGCCCAGCGUGGACUUUGGCACACUGCAGGAGGGCACCUCCUCUGCCAUUACUGUGGUGAUGAAGAAUGUGGGUGUUGACUCCUGCAGGUUCCAUGUGAAACAGCCUCCCCCAACUACAGGCCUCCGGGUCAUCUACAACCCAGGGCCUGUGGCUGCUGGUUUGCAGGUUGAACUGCAGGUUGAACUGUUUGCCAUGUGUGCAGCCCAAGCAGGAGAGGUAGAGCCAAAAAAAUACAUCUGUCAGGAUAUUGUCAUCCACACGGAGACAGAUAUCUUCUACCUGCCUGUCACUGCUACCAUCCUUCAUGAGAGGUUAUAUGACAUUUGGCUCAAGGACCACACCAGUGUACACAAAAAGAAAGGCUCCAGAGUACCUGAAUUGUCUUCCGGCUUACCGGUUGGCCAGGGAGUCAUACACAGAUGAACCAAUCCCCUCCUGCCCAGUCCGGCAGCCAAAACAGGACAUCCUAAUGGCACUACUAGUCACCAGGAAUACACAAAACCAUCAUCUUCAAUCAGAUGUCACAUUAUUCAAGUCUUUGUCCAAUUAUCACCAUACCACAUUCCUCUAU